AUGAGCCCACCGUUGGCGGUAAAGAAUCCCGACAUGGCCCGGGCCCUGUUGAAGAACCCUGACUCCCGCGGCUGGAUUGUGCAGAAGUUUGGAGGAACAAGCGUGGGCAAGUUUCCCGACAAGAUCGCUGAGGAUAUCGUCAGGUAUGGCUUCGUUUUCCCAUUAUUCGGGGGCUCUGGGCUGACAAAACGGGAAAGAGCAUAUGUCGAAGAUAACCGGCUGGUCGUCGUGUGCUCAGCCCGGAGUACCGGAAAGAAGGCAACAGGGACCACGAGCAGGCUGCUGGAGGUAUACAAAAAGCUACGCUCAAUAGCUGCCGCCACCAGUGACCAUGACGCGCAGGAGGAUCUGUUGGGCGAGGCUAGGCACAUUGUUCAGGAGAUCUGCGCAGAUCAUGUUGCCGCCGCAGACGCCUUUAUCCGUGAUCCCCAAGUCAGCGCCCUCCUCAAGGCCGACACGGAGAUGGAGUGCCAGCACUUGAUUGAUUAUCUAGAGGCAGCUAAGCGCUUCAAUCUGGAAAUCAAUUCUCGUGCCAAGGACAGAGUUGUCAGUUUCGGUGAGAAGUUGAGUUGCCGCUUCAUGACAUGCCUCCUUAAAGACAGGGGGGUGGAUGCUGAGUACAUUGACUUGGCCGACAUCAUACAUAAUGACAGCUCCGGCCGGCUCGACUCUGCCUUCUACAAGCUUGCUGCCAGUAUCAUUACCAAGAAAAUCAUGGGUUGUGAGGAUAGGGUCCCCGUGGUGACGGGCUUCUUUGGCAACGUUCCCGGUGGUCUGUUGGACGGCGACAUUGGGCGCGGCUACACAGAUUUGUGCGCAUCUCUGGUGGCGGUAGGCCUCAAGGCCGAAGAGCUCCAGAUAUGGAAGGAGGUGGAUGGCAUUUUCACGGCCGACCCUACAAAAGUGCCGACAGCGCGACUCAUCCCGUUUAUCACCCCCGCCGAGGCCUCGGAACUGACUUUCUACGGCUCCGAAGUCAUCCACCAUCUGACCAUGGAUCAGGUCAUCAAGGCAGUACCCCCUAUCCCGAUCCGGAUCAAGAACGUCAAUAACGCCCGUGGCGAAGGCACCAUUGUGAAGCCGGACCCUCUUCUGGCGGCAGACCAGCGCAUUCAAAGGCCCAGGCAGCCCUCAGAUCCGUCGUUGCGGAAGAAGCCCAAGCGCCCUACGGCCGUCACCGUCAAGGACAAAAUCUCCAUCAUUAACAUCCACUCCAACAAGCGGUCGAUAGCCCACAUGUUCCUGGCUCGCGUCUUCUCCAUCCUCAACCAGCAGCGCAUCUCGGUCGAUCUCAUCUCCACCAGUGAGGUGCACGUCUCGAUCGCGGUCCACACGGCCACCUCCGAAUUCGGCAACUUUGACCAGGCGGUCGAGAUGCUCCGCGCCGAGUGCGGUGAGGUCAGCGUGCUGCACGACAUGAGCAUCCUCAGUCUGGUGGGUGCCGAGAUGAAGAACAUGGUCGGCAUUGCCGGCCGCAUGUUUUCGACGCUGGGGGAGCACCGCAUCAAUCUGGAGAUGAUCUCUCAGGGUGCCAGUGAGAUCAACAUCUCGUGCGUCAUUGAUGCUCGUGAUGCCGAGAGGGCUAUGAACAUCCUGCAUACGAGCCUCUUUACCUUCCUCGAAUAG